GGGGAAUGGGGGGUAUAAAAAGCACCAACUGAAAGGUCAGACAACACUGAGACCUCACCAGCUCCACCACCAUCAUUCAUCACCAAAGCUGUCCGACACAUUACAUCCGUCAUGGGCAGGAUCAUCUUUUACGAGGACAAGAAUUUCCAGGGUCGACGCUACGAGUGUGACAGCGAUUGCUCGGAUUUUCAUGCCUACCUGAGUCGCUGCAACUCCAUCCGCGUGGAGAAUGGGGCUUGGGUGGUGUAUGAGAGGCCGAACUUCAUGGGCUACCAGUAUGUCCUGACCAGGGGGGAGUAUCCAGAGUACCAGCGCUGGAUGGGGCUAAACGAUCGCCUCAGUUCCUGCAAAGUGAUCCACUUUACCAGUGGGAUGCAGUACAAGAUGCAGCUGUAUGAGAAGGCUGACUUCGGGGGUCAGGUGAUGGAGGCCACGGAAGACUGCCCCUCACUCCUAGAGAAGUUCCGCUGGAGAGAGGUGAACUCUUGUAAGGUCUUUGAAGGCUGGUGGGUUUUCUACGAGCGCCCAAACUACAGUGGACAUCAGUACUUCCUGGAGAAGGGGGAGUACCGCAAGCCUGGUGACUGGGGAGCAGUCAGUCCUACGGUGCAGUCCUUCAGACGCUUCACUGAAUGAUUGAAAUUCCAUCCAGAAUAUUCAAAAACACUAAUAUGAGCUCCGUCAGGGAACAAGCUCACUUAAUAUGGCUCUUUUUGACUAUGUUGCAAUUUUGAACUGAGGUCUCAAAAUAAAA